CUUCUGCCACUCCUCAGACACCCUCUACUAUUGUCUCCUCAUCCCUUCUAUCCUCCAUUGACAUUUCCUCUUCUCUGACCAUGUCAGUAAAUUUCCAAAAUUCAUCUUUACUUGGAACUGCAAAUUCUCUGCAGCUCACUCUUUCUGUGGUAAGCAAUGAGGCUUCCCUAACAGGAAGUGUCUGCAACUUCUCCAGAGUUCCUAUUCCAGCCGUUAGCUUGUCAUGGAUACUGCCAUCACCUGCUAGCAGCUCAUUCCAGUCACUCAUGGGUAGUGCCUACCUUUACCAACAUUCUAGCACAACUAUGUUGUCUGAGGUUACUGGACACAGCCCCAUGUCCAUUUCAGCUGCCUCCUAUCCAAGUGUUUUUGAUUGGAAUAUGACAGGAAGCACUGAAAACUCAUCUUCACUUGGGGACCUCACUGUGAUUAUCAUUGACCAGGACAGAAUUAUUUCUUCCAUGUCCAACACAGCCCAGUAUGAUCAAACUCCAGAUGCCAAUACUAUGCUCCCUCUGUACCCAUCACUCUCUGCCAGCCUUCUUCAGGGAACAUCAUGUGAAAUUUCAAAUCAAGACAAGUGACAGAGCCUGUCACAUUCUUAUGAGGAAGGAAGCAAGGUCUAUUACUACAAUCAAAGCACACUGGGACCACUACUGUCUGGAGAACUUAGCCCCUGCCUGCAAUCCUAUGGCUCUAUGUCAAACACAGGAAGUAUGUCCUCUGCCUCUCAACCAGAAAUGGUGAUGGGGCUAAAGGAGGUUCAAGCUACAAAUGUUCUACCAGUUACCUCUACCACUAGGAUCUACUACUCUGUGUCUGCUCAACCUGUCACAGAAACAAGUUUUGAACGUAAGUACAAACAGCAAAAAGACACAGCAAUAAAAGAGGAGCAAAUACGCAGCUGAGAAGUAAGUCCACAGUGAUGGAAAUUUCCCUGGGGAUGGACACUUCCUUGGGAUUGCAAACUCCAACCCAGACACUUGGUCUGCUACAAACUCCAGAAUUCUCCAAGUCCUGCAGGAGCAGAAAUAUCCAGAUAAUUGAGAGUUACUGCCCCACUGCUGACUCUGGGGACAUUUCAAUAAUGGCUCUAGUCCAGAGUCCUUCUGAUUUCCUGGCAUUGCCUCCAGCUUCGACCCAGGAACAAAAAGACAAUAAGAAUUUGGAUGAGAUUAAAACCAAGCUGUCAAAGGCUCUGGAUGCCUACCAGAUCCCAAUAGAAAACCAAGAUCCCCUAUUACUUUCUUUAGAAUUCCCUGAUAUCUACCAGCUUCUGGCCUGCAUUGAUCCUCUUGGCCAAGAGGUACAGCCUGGUUCUAAAACUGUCAGUCUAGGAAACAACAGCCUGAAUCUUCAGGAUCAAGGCACAAUUGAAAGUGAGAUUGAGUCUGUCAGUAGUUCACACACCACUACAGUGGUGAAAGAUAUUCGCUUUCUCCACCUUUUAAAUUUAUUAAAAGAUCUUGACCAAUCCAAAGGUCUCACAGCAAUCAAAGCAGAAGAUACCAGAGCCAUCAAGGUGAAUCAGUCAGAGGAAAAGUCAAGUGUCACAAAGACUUCCUCUGGGCAAGUCAGGAAGAACAAGCGUAAAGCUUCUGAGCCUAUCAGUGGUGCUCCCAAGGCCAAAAUCCAGCCAAAGAAUCCAGAGUGUCUGAUAGGAGAAGAAGUGAUUAUUUUCAGUGCUGUAGUCAAGCGUUCUAACAGCAAACCUCAGAAAGCUGCAUCCAGCAGGGGCAGCAACACUAAUAGUCAUAGGCAGGAAAGACCAAAAAGGACCAGGGAAAACAACUCCAAGAAAGCUGAAGAAAGUAAGCAGUCAGGGAACAAAGUCAAGGUAGAAGACAAGCCAACCAUUCCCAAAAUGAAGAGAAAGAAAAACCAACUUGAGCUUAGCCCACAGAAUUUUAAAAAGCCUCAAACCUGCCAAGGCAUGCACAUGCCGGAGUCUCUGCAGGUUUUCCAUGUGCUGGGAAAGAAAAGUGAUAAGCAAACUGGACUCUCUUUCUCCUGGAAGCUGGGAAAUUCAAGUAACUUCAAAUACCCCCAGCCAUCUACAACCCCCAGCCAGAAACCAUGGCUAGAUACCCAACGUGAAGGUAAAGGCUUUGAGAAAACUCCAGUCAAAGCCCAGAAAACAGGUGGCAGUGCUGGAAAAGAGUGUCCAUCUCCAUCACAGUAUAAGCUGCCACCACGUGGGAAGGUCAAGUUGGUACCUUUGCCCUUUCCAACCCUGGACAAACCUCCAGCUCAACCUGUUCCUCAGUGGCCACAUUCUCUGGCCUCACAUAGGCCUACUGCGGCUAACCCUGCCCAGCCUGCUUCUACUAACUUAUCUCGACCUAUUGCAGUCAACCUAUUCCAACUAGCUCCUGCCAAUGCAUCUUCAACAGGUCUUGGCAGACCAGCUUGGCCAAUUUCAACCAAUGCAACAAGACACAGUUUGACCAACCCUACCCAGUCUAGUGAAACUCAGUCUGCUUCUUCUAAGCCUGUACCUAACAAAACAUCACCUUGCACUUCUCCCCAGCAAGAUCCUGUUUCCACUGCUCUGACCAAGCCCAAGUCACCACCCAAGCCUCAAAACCAAUUUCUACUCCAAGACUUCAGCUGCUAACCAAUUCCAUGGAGGAAACCCAAUAUUUCUGGGCCAGUAAUAUCAAAGCCUACCACAAAAGAGCAGAGGCCAGAUUGUGAAGCCAUGAAAAGGAAGGCUCAACAAGAGCGUGAGAAUGCUGCCAAAUACAGCUCUCUGCGGAAAAUGCAGUUUUUUUGUUGUGAGGGAAAAAGAGAUGGAAAUUUCACACUACUAUGGCUAUGUAAAAUAAGAGAUGCUCAGCUUGUUGGUACCACUUUGGUACCACUUUGAGCUGGUUUUCCACACACAUAUAUAGAUACAAAUUUCUCU